AUGGAGGUAGUUGGAGUUGGGGUUGACAAAAUGACGGCUCAACUGAGAGGGCUAGAGGGUGAGUUAAGGCCGGUGCGACAACCACAUGCAACCCAGCCACAUGGGCCGGCGGUGCUUCACUUUUCUCUCGCUGGACCAGAUCACCCUCCCUCCCUCACAGACCUGGAGGCGUCGGAGCCCUCAUCGGGCUUGGGGGCGGCUGUAUCUGACUUGCUGGCGAUACGAAACAUUGGCAUACCCCUCCCUACUCCCACCCCCCCGGCCCCAGUGGUACACGCCCAUGAAGCCCCCCUCAUGGACCCCCCUCUUGCGGCCCCCAUCCUGCAGGAACCCUUCCACCCUUCUCUGAUGGAGACCGAUCUGAUCUUCAGACCGUGUGCCUCUGACGCAGAUGUAGGUGCACCACUCCUGCAUGCCUCACCCCACCCAUCCCCAUCACCAGCCCCACCUAUCACCACAGCAGAUAGUUCGGAGGGCACGGCCACGGCCGACCCCACCGACACAGCGACGUCACCAGACGAGGUCGUGAGGGUCCGUGGUGGGUAUCUAGACAUCCUCUACGCCAUCUUAGCACGGGUCUCCCAGGACCCAGAGGAACCAGGCCCUACUCUCCUCUAA